CUUCGUGUCCGGCCGCAGAGGGUCCGGCGGCGGCGGGACGGGUCGGGCAGGGAGGGAGGGAAGGAAGGAAGGGAAGAAGGGAAGAAGGGAGGGAGCAGCGGCGCUGCGGCUGCCCCUGGGACCGCACCGCCGCCAUGGAGACGCUGUACCGCCUGCCCUUCGCCGUGCUCGAGUGCCCCAACAUCAAGCUGAAGCGGCCGAGCUGGGUGCACAUGCCUUCGGCCAUGACCGUGUACGCGCUGGUGGUCGUGUCCUACUUCCUCAUCACCGGAGGAAUUAUCUAUGACGUGAUUGUGGAGCCUCCCAGUGUGGGGUCGAUGACAGACGAGCACGGACAUCAGAGGCCGGUGGCCUUCCUGGCAUACAGAGUAAAUGGACAGUAUAUUAUGGAAGGCCUCGCAUCCAGCUUCCUCUUCACAAUGGGUGGACUAGGAUUCAUAAUUCUGGAUCGAUCCAAUGCACCAAAUAUCCCCAAGUUGAAUAGGUUUCUUUUGCUUUUUAUUGGAUUUGUCAGUGUGCUUUUGAGCUUCUUCAUGGCCAGAGUUUUCAUGAGGAUGAAAUUGCCGGGCUACUUGAUGGGUUAGUACCUCUUGUGGUGUAUGGAAGCUCAAGCUGAAUUUGCUUCACUUCAUGAAACGUUUAAGAAGAAACAGGAAGAAACAAGUUCCAUAGUCACCAUCAACAACAGCAAAGAGACCUGGCUGUGAGAAACAACUAGGGAAAGAGUGCUUCCUCUGCAAACAAACUCUCACUACCAAUGGCUGAUUUGUAGUACUCCAGCAAUGUUUUAUCAUUUCUGAUGUAGAGCUUUUGAAAAAGAGCAGCUGCCUAGCUGAGUAUUUCUUUUAUAUCCCAGCUCAGUAUGAAGCUACCUUUAGCUCUACCUAAAAUGAGUAUUUGCCAUUGACUUGACAGUUCUUUGUUGCAGGUCUGUCUCCUCUUCCCUGUGUGGGACACUUACAUGUGUGAAUCAGAGAAGAAACACCUGAAACAAUAUUUCCAAGUUAUAAUCAGAAAAUUAGUAACUUUGGAUGUUUUACAGCUGAAAUACCAUGUGUCUGAAAUUAUUUCAAAGGCACCUUUUGCCUUGAUAUUAAUGGCUCUAUGUGAGCAAAUCCAGAUAUGCACUGGGAAAGGCAAACGGUAUGAAUGUGCAUUUUUUUUUUUAAGAAAAAGUGUACAAAAGGAGCCAAAUAAAACUUAUUUUCUACAAAAUAAUUUUAA